UUUACCAUUCGUGAAAUUAGCGGUCGCUAUGAUUGCGUAAAAGCUUGUCUCCGUGAAAGCGAUAUCCUUACGAAAAUCUCGAAACAUUGUAUCAACGAAAGUACUGGUUACUGGGUUUAAAAAAAUAAUGUUCGUUCGAUAUCAAUGUCAUUGCUUUGUAUGAUACAACCUAAGUAUGAUUUGUGCAUAGCAAUGUAAGAGACUUCUUUAAUCUAUUCCACAGGUCAGGACAUUCAAGUUCAUGAUAUCAGUUCCAACACUAGUUUAUUUCAACAGAACUCAACAGCGUUCUUCAAUUCUACUCUCAGCUCCAUCACUAGUGCUAUGCCGGAUGACGUCAUUGCAAAAGAAAGUAGCGUGCACUUUGCACUUUUAAUUACCGGUAUUAUGAACACGUCGGCCGCCGUUCCCUUCCUCGUUAUUUUCUUAUAUCGUGGCGAAACAAUAAAGCGCCAAAAUGUUUCAGUUGAAGGAGGCGGUGAAAAGAAACCGACAAUUUUACCUAGACAUAUUGAGGUGAUUGUUUUGUGCGUAUUUCUACUUAAUUCCUUCGUGGCGACGGCAUUUAUCGACCUUUUUCCAAGUUUACUGACCACAUUUUUAAUGGAAGUAGGAAUGACACAACAAGUUGGAUCUAAUCUAACAUCGGCCUACUUUGCCUUGUAUGCCGUCGGAAACUUCUUGAUGAUAUUUUGUUCAAUUUAUAUCGCGCUUACAAAAAUAAUGCUAUUUUCUUACGCCGGUACUUCUUUUCUGCUGGCAGGUGUGAUAUUAUGUACUAUUUUUCCAAAUGAAGUGCUACUUUCAGCUUUAGUAAGUUUAUGUGGACUUUCUACGGCUGUUAUAAUACCAACCAUAUACACAUGGAUAAACGAGCACGUGACACCGGUUACUGGUAAAAUAGCUUCCGGUUUGCUUAUUUCCGGUUCUUUAGGAAUAUCUCUGAAUCCGCUGUUGGCAGGAUAUCUAAUGGAAUCGUACACACCGAUGUGGUUUAUUUAUUUAUGCUUGUCAAAAACAGUAAUAUGCACAAUGCUUUUCAUUAUAGCUUUGCUGUUAACCAAAAGAUUUUCGACUGUGAAAGAAACAAAUGCAGGGUUAAAAGAAGAUGAAACAAAUGAAAUCGCUGAAGGCCAAAUAAGUAUAUCUACAUAUUUGAAUGGAAAAUUGCAAAAUACAUACGAAUGUACACAUUUUUAAGUUGAGGUUGAAGAAGUUUAUGCUUCAUAUAAAUACAUCAUUUUUAACUUUUCCAUAAUAAAUAGGGCCUAAAUUGACGAAAAGUUCGUCGGGCUUGAGGGGAGGGGGUGGAUUUAUUAUAUGCGGAAGGCCCAAAGGUCUGCUGCCACUUUAUGAUACUACGUACAAAUUUAAAACUCAUUAAAAUCAACUAGAAACCAAUGUAAGACAUUUACAUACCCUUGGGUUAGCUAGGUGCUACCUUUUUUGAGUAAUCAGAUGCUGAUCAAAACAAACAAAACCUGAACAUUUGUACUGGUGAUAAGACGGUCCUAAGAAUUUUGUGAACUAAUUGUAGAACCAGUAAAAAUGUUCGACUGUUCAGCAUUGAUCAAAUGUUUGCAUAGUCUAGGAAAGCCGGUAAGGUGAAUCGAUUGCCGAGAUGAUGACCAAAAAAGUGUUAAAAUCAGCUUUAAAUGUAAAAAAUGAUGAUUUUACAAAAACGUCUAUAGAAUAUAGACUGUUGAAAGAAAGAAAAAAAAAGAAAGAAAGAAAGAAAGAAAGGAAGGAAGUUAUAUUUUACUGUCAUCUUCCUAGUCCCUGAGGAACAACAAAUUUCUUUCUUUUUACUUAGAUUUAUGGCGUACAAAUAUACAUAUUUUUAAUCAAAGUGCGAAGAAAUACAUGUAGUUUAAACAGAUAUACAUGUAUUGAAUGUGAUAUAAAACUAUUGCAUAUAAAUGUAAAUGUAUUGAAUUUGAUUUAAAAAUACGUACAUAUACAUGUAUUGUGCAUAGCAUAGAUACAUAUGUAAUGAAUUUGAUAUACAUGUAUAUGUGAUAAAGUGCGGAGACAUAUUUGUCAUUGAGUGCGUGCAUAUACUUGUAUUCAGUUUGUAGAUAUCAUAAAAUCAUUUAAAUAGACAUAUCUUGUCAUUAUUGUAAGGAGCUCUGCAUUUGUCUUUUUAACUCGACUAUACGAAGUAUAUAUGAAGAGAUGUCCUACUCGCCCCGGCGUCGGCGUCCAGAUUAUUAAAGUUUGGUGCAGUAAAUUAUUUUUCACCAUAACUUUUUCAUUUCUUAAGGUAUCAACUUCAAACUUCAAGUAUAUGUUUUAUCAUCAACCACAUCUUAUUUGACAAGGUUCAUAACUCUAGCAGCAAUAUUUUAGAUUAAACUCCCCUUGAACUUAGAAUUUUCCUUAAAAAUAUUAUUUUUAACUUCUUUACUUCUUCAGUGCCCCUUUUUAUUAUAAUGUAUUUUGAAUCAUAUACUUAGUGCAUGUAUGUACUACAUUAUAACUUAGGAGAAGUUUAAUGAUUGAAGCUGACAAAACGUGAAUAUUUGUCUUUGUAUUAUAGUCUUUGUUAACAUAUUCUUUCUUUGCUUUUUUAAAUGAAUGCUAAAAUUAAUACAAAAAAAUGAACAUUGUAUCAUUUAUACAGUGUCGUCCCUGAACUGCCAAGUUUUAAUGGUCAGAAAUUGAUAAAUUAUCGUUUCACACCUGUUUGAAAAAAGGUUUGUUGAAAGGGUAUCUACUCCUGCCUGAAAUAAGCCCCAGUGCCUUACUCCAACAGUAAUUUACUAGAGCUGAAAAAUUGCUGUAUGACCGUGAUUAACUUGAAACUAUUUGCAGGAGAUAUUUUGGGUGAUCUGAAAUAGAAACCCAAGUUGUCAUCUGGCAGUUUUGUACAGCUGUUCCCAUGAAUAAAAUUGUCAAAUGUAGUGUUCCCAUGAAUAAAAUUGUCAAAUGUAGUUGACAAU